CAUGCCGCCCGUGUGAUGUCAGGCUGGGGGGCAGGGGGCUGGGGCUCAGGCCCGGGCACUGCCAGCUCUCCAGGCCCCUGCCAGUUCGUCUCGGAGGAUGGCUUCCCGAUUCCCUUCCAGUCGAGCUCAAACUGAUAAAGAAAAGAUCUUUUCCACCCACUGCAGUCCUCUUCCCAGGGUCAAGGCCAGCGCGCCUUUCCUUUGUGAGGGAUACUGAGCCCGUUCAGUGUCAGGCUCUUUGCGACCCCAUGGACUGCCGCAGCCAGGCUUCCCUGUGUUAACCCUCUUAACCGGAAUUACUGGAUGAAUUUUCAGGGUCAGGCCGUCGUGGAGCCAUGAGGCCAGGUCACGCCCGCCCACCGCUGCCGACCUUCGCAUCCCUGGGCCCCGAGGUCUGAAGCCGGCCCGGCGGGACCCAGCCGAGCCCCCGGAGGCCAUGGCCGAGCGGCAUCAGCAGAUGAAAACGUCCUUCCUCUUCGUGCAGCUUCGGGCGCCCCCUGCGCGCGUGCGCCCCGCCCCGGCUCCAGCCCGGCCCGCCGCCGCGGGGGGCCCGGAGGAGGGCCGCCCUUUCCCGGGUCCCGGGGCCGGCUCCUCGGCGGGCGGGGCCCUCGGGCCCCCUCCCCGAGCUGGCCCUCCCCCGCCGAGGCCGGGCCGUGGGACCGCGGCGCCAGCCGCCCCCUGUUACUCGGCUCCCGCGAAGGGAGAGGAGAAAACCCGGGCCCUGGAUGCGCGGAGGGGGCGCGCUCGCGGACCCCCCGGUCGCAGGCGCUCCCCGGCCCCCGCCUCCGGCGCGCGUGGACGGCGGCAGCCCCGGCCAUGCAGACCCCCUAGCCCGGCUCCCGGCAUGGGCGACGGCGGCCGCAGCCCCUCGGUGGGCUGGACUCCCUGGCCGGACGGUCCUGCCCGCCGGGACGUGUGGAGCACCGACCCGCAGGCUCAGGACGCCUCGGAGUGCUCCCUUCCGCAGGCCCAGGCUGCCGAGGGCGCUCAGAGCCAGGGGUCCCGGGGCGGAACCGAGGCGCCGGCCCGCAGCCCCGCGCGCCCACCGAGCGCUCAGGGUGCGGGCACCCCCGCGCGGGCCAGCCGCGCCAGGCUCUGCAGGCACCGUGCGCCCCUCCAGACCAGCAGGAGCUGCGCCGCCCCGCCUGCCGCCCUGCCUCUCAAGGCAGAGACAUUUGUUUGGGUUAACAAUGCGUCAGCACAUUCCCAGAGUGUUGCCAAGGCCAAAUACGAAUUUUUAUUUGGCAGAUCUGAAGAGAAAACUCCAGAUACUAGUGAUCAUGGAGGAAGCACUUUACUCCCCCCGAACGUCACGAAUGAGUUUCCGGAGUAUGGGACCAUGGAGGGAAGUGGAGAAGGCCUGAGAGCCUCUCUGGAGUUUGAUGCCGAGUCUCUGCUGCAUUGCCCGGGGGCGCCGCAGGGGGCCCAGCCCCUUGCUGGCUGUCACUCCGGGCCUGUCAGUGUUGCCGGAGGACCAAAAGAUGUCAGAGGGCUCCCUUCUCAAAGUCACUUCAAGGAGCCGAGUUUACAACCCAUCGACUCUCUGAUUUCAGCUCUGAAAGCCACAGAAGCCAGAAUAGCUUCAGGAACGUUGCAGGCUACAAAGGUACUGGAUGGAGCUGCGGUCUCUAGUGUUUCCGCUCAGCAGGGGGGACAGGAGCCAGACACCGCCAGUCAGAAAGCAGCGAAAGCCCACGCGCUGUUCCCUGCUGGCCGUGAGAAGUCGCCCGAUAUACCUCUUUCAGCCAAAGUUCCGACUGAGGAGCAUUUUUAUUUGAGCAUCCGGGAGGAUCUGACUGCACUAUUAACUGGAGAGACUCAAGCAGAGCCAUGCCUAAGAGCUAGUAAUGGACGAAAGGGGGCUGUCCACGUGCCAGAGCCAGCUGGUCCAGCGUCCUCGGUGGGCAGCCCCGCCACCCACAGCUCAGCGGGCGGCGCUGGUUUGUUGAGAGAGAGGAGGUCUGACCAGUGUGCUCGGGGACGCCCAGGCCCGGGCAAGCAUGUGGCGUUUCAAGGAGUGGAAACACUGUGGACCGGAGGGGAGGAGAGGGAGGCCCGGCACCCUGCGGACGUUCAGACGUCCCCGGGAAGGACAGCCCCUCCUGAAAGCAGAGAGUUUUCCCAAGUGCCCAGCCCCCUGGUCUCGUCUGCCGCUCUGCGUGACUCCGCACCUCCCGAGAGGCCGGGUCCUCCCGCGCCGCUGCUUGAGACGGUAGAGGAUGAAGUCUUCCUGAGGGAGGACAAGGACCACGUGGAGAGGAGGCCUGAACCGGAGGGGGACGGGGAAAGGAUUCUCGAGCAAGCGGAGCACUUGCGGGGUGGAGAUGAUGACAUCCUUGGGUCUGGAUACGCAGAAGACUCCACUGACGUGUACAGCUCCCAGUUCGAGACCAUUUUGGACAACACCUCUUUAUACUACAGUGCUGAGUCCUUGGAGACUUUGUAUUCAGAGCCUGAUAGCUACUUCAGCUUUGAAAUGCCCCUCACUCCAAUGAUACAGCAGCGCAUUAAGGAAGGCGGGCAGUUCCUGGAGAGGACGUCGGUGGGAGGACAGCAGGACGUCCUGAGCAUCUCGGCGGAUGGCGGGAUAGUGAUGGGCUAUUCCAGUGGGGUCACCAACGGGCUGAGUGGCUCCAGUAACUCCAUGUACUCGAAAGGCACCCCAGAGAUCGCUUUCUGGGGAAGCAAUGCUGGGGUGAAAACAUCUCUGCUAGAGGCUCAUUCUGAAAUGGGGAGCACUGAAAUUCUGGAAAAGGAGGCCUCAGGAAGUCUCAGUAACGGUACCAGCAGCAACAUAGAAGCAGCCAAAAGGCUGGCCAAGCGCCUUUAUCAACUCGACAGGUUCAAACGGUCGGAUGUGGCAAAGCACCUAGGCAAGAACAAUGAAUUUAGCAAACUAGUUGCGGAAGAAUAUUUGAAGUUUUUUGAUUUUACAGGAAUGACACUGGAUCAAUCUCUCAGGUAUUUCUUUAAAGCAUUUUCUCUUGUGGGAGAAACCCAAGAACGAGAGAGAGUUUUAGUACACUUCUCCAAUAGAUAUUUUUACUGUAACCCAGAUACCAUUGCUUCACAAGAUGGAGUCCAUUGCCUCACCUGUGCAAUGAUGCUUCUUAACACAGAUCUCCACGGCCAUAAUAUUGGAAAGAAGAUGACUUGCCAAGAGUUCAUCGCAAACCUCCAAGGGGUAGAUAAAGGUGGUGAUUUCUCCAAGGAUCUACUGAAAGCUCUGUACAACUCGAUCAAGAACGAGAAGCUCGAAUGGGCAGUAGAUGAUGAAGAGAAAAAAAAGUCUGUGUCCGAAGGUACCGAUGAGAAGGCUAAUGGAACACACCCAAAGACCAUCAGCCGUAUUGGGAGCACUACCAACCCAUUCCUGGACAUUCCUCACGACCCCAAUGCUGCUGUGUACAAAAGCGGGUUCUUGGCUCGGAAGAUCCAUGCAGAUAUGGAUGGAAAGAAGACUCCAAGAGGCAAGCGAGGAUGGAAGACCUUUUAUGCUGUACUAAAGGGAACAGUGCUUUACUUGCAAAAGGACGAAUAUAAGCCAGAGAAGGCCCUGUCAGAGGAGGACCUGAAAAACGCUGUGAGCGUGCACCACGCGCUGGCGUCCCAGGCCACCGACUAUGAGAAGAAGCCCAAUGUGCUCAAGCUGAAGACGGCUGACUGGAGGGUCUUGCUUUUUCAAGCCCAGAGUCCGGAGGAAAUGCAGGGAUGGAUAAACAAGAUUAACUGUGUCGCCGCUGUGUUUUCGGCACCACCGUUUCCAGCAGCCAUUGGGUCUCAGAAGAAGUUUAGUCGCCCACUGCUGCCUGCCACCACAACAAAAUUGUCUCAGGAGGAGCAGCUGAAAUCCCACGAGACCAAGCUGAGGCAGAUCACCACGGAGCUGGCGGAGCACCGAUCCUACCCGCCCGACAAGAAGGUUAAAGCCAAGGAGGUGGAUGAGUACAAGCUCAAAGACCACUAUCUGGAGUUUGAGAAAACCCGCUACGAGAUGUACGUCCGCCUCCUGAAAGAGGGGGGCCUGGAACUCCUGAGCGGCGGCGGGGGGGGCCCCGCGGGCCUGAAGAAGUCGCACUCCAGCCCCUCGCUGAACCCAGACACGUCUCCGGUCACCGCCAAGGUCAAGCGCAACGUGUCGGAGAGGAAAGACCACCGGCCUGGAACGCCGAGCAUUAAGCAGAAAGUCACUUAGGAUCCAUCUGUGGCCAGGAAGUGCUGGUCGUGAAGCAAAACAAGAGGUUUUCAAGAUCUUUCUGGUAAAUCCGUGAAUAUAUUAAAAAAAAAUAAUAAUGUCUGUGACUAAAAUGGUGCAUUAGUGACCUUUCCCAUUGUAUACUUUUGUUAGUUUCUGUACAGGUCAUCUCUUUGCUCUUGAUUUCUUUGCUUUGAUGACUUUUGCUACCUGAUGACUAAUGCACCUUUUGUGGGGGGGCAGGGGGAGCACGAUUUCAGAUGGAUUGUGUUACUUCUCCUCCGGUUUCUCUCCUUUGCACUCUGCUCACUUGUUUUGUGUAUUCUCAAAUCAGCUGUUACACUUUUUUUUAAAAAAAAAAAAAAAAACAUUGAAUCCAUUGUGAAACACUUAACUGGACAAACCUUUGUAGUUUAGAAAAUUCUAGCCAGAGCUGGUAAGAGCCUUUUCUUGUGAAACCUUGCCCAGUCACCGAGGCAGAAUCACGCUCAGAAGUCCGCUUAAGAGUUACCGUCGAGGGAGGCACCGUCGCCCUGUGACCCCCGGGGCCUCUGAGCACUUGGUGUUGAGUCUGGCCCUACGGGGUGGGGUGCGGGGGGCGAGGACCUCAGGAUGGGGAAUGCAGGAAGCGCGCUAGCUCGCUGGAAGUGUGGAUUCCGUCUCAGCCCAGCAAGGAGGAGGGAAGUGGGGUCUCAGAGGCUGAGGCAAGACGGCCGCAGGUCCACUGUGUUUUCCAAACACAGAGUCUCAGCGGCGACAACGGACUCUGGGGGCCACCACAGCAGGAAAUUGUUACCUCACCCCCGCAGGGUCCAGACGAGGGAUCCAGAGCCGUCUGCGAUGGACAGCCUGCCAGCCAGGAAUUAGAAUCUUUUACAUACAUGAGCAUGACUGGUUAUAAGAAUUUGGGGUCUUCCCAACAAAAUAAUAUCAAAAUGGAGCCCUUCUCUCCUGAAAGCAAAAUAAGAAAGGGAGACGCAGUUUUUCCCUAGAGUUCCUUGGCAAUAGGAUGUUGAUUCUCCGUAGUUAAGUCUGAAAGGAAUAAAAUCUGAAGGAAUUUCGGUUGCAGAGCCGAGGACUGUCUCCCGGUGGCGAACGCAGCGUCCCCUGGUCUGGUCUUGCCUCCGCCUCUGUGACCACCGCUUUGCCCCCUGCCCUGAACUGUCCCCAGAGUAAAUCCUUGAUUCUAAAGCAUUUCUUCGCCUCCGCUCAGAACAGUCAUAAGCUUGUUCGAGGGACAGUCCCUUUGAAGAUCAGGGCGAUAAGCAGAACAGUAUGUUACUGAGGAGGAGAGAGGGAUGAAAAGUGAGCCCACUCUGAGUUAGAAGUUUCUGAUUUUGAAACUUGAAAACUUGGUGAUCCUUAAACCUAGAAGCUCCACAACUUUGGAACUGAUAGAAUCACUGAAUAUUCUUCUCUCCCACAGACAUUUGCCCUGGUUGCACUCAGUUUACUGGUUAAGGUACUAUGACCAAAGAUUCAGGGACUCUGCGCGGAUAGCUCAGUUCCAGGGAAUCAGAGAAAGCCCGCUUUUGAACCCUGCAGUUUCAGGUGGUAUCUUGUCCCGAGGCACCAGCGUUUACACAGGACUAUUUAUUAGCACUUCCGUCGGCCGCAGAAACGCCCGUGUUUGCUGGUGCCCAGGAGAGAAGCCCCUCUCUGAGGUUAUAGCUGCUUGCUUUGUGGCAUUUUUGCCACGUCUUUGAAGAGCUCCCUCUAACCCUCUUGUCUUGUUUAGGUAAAGGCAGUAACUGAAUUUGUUUCAAGAAACCCAGAAACACACAGGGCAGUUACCAACAUGUCCCGUGUACCUGGUUCUGUCUUUGUAGUGCUUCUGACUGAACCCACGGUUUCUACAAGGAAAUAGUCUUUCUACCUAGAAUCGGAAUCCUCAGUGUGUGUGUUUUCUGCCUGGAUCUUUAUCCUAAGCAGAAGGGGCGGGGUACCGAGGCCACGUCAUCUCUUCAGUCACUAAAGAGAAAGAAGCAUCCUUGGCUGGCUUGAAUGUGUGUGCUCCCAGUCUGUGUGUCUGUGUGUGUCGCGUGUCUCCGUGUGUGUCCCCUAGAGUCUGUCCCAGACAUGGAAUGGUACUUGCUGCGGCGUCUAGGCAGCAUCACGGCUCUGAAAUCCUGGUCAGCAUCGGCAACUCACUGCAUAACUCGCUGAUGCCGUCUCCAGAGCUCCUGGACGUGCUGAUGGAGAGACGCUGAGAGGGGCGCUCCGCAAGCUGCUGUAUGUGCCGUGUUCCCACAGUUUGUCCCGGGAAACAGCCGCAGAGGUCACGUUGUGGGCCAGGAUCCCAGACUGCCGUCGCUAGGUCAAGAGCUGAGAGCCACCCCCCGCCCGCCCCGAGGCCUCUGGACUGCUGGCGCAGCGCCCCUCGCAGGCCAGGAGCUUGUCCUGUGGGAGGCAGGGCCUCUCCAGUGACUGGACGCUGCGAGGCUCGCCCCUAGCCAGCCGUGACUCCUCUGUGACCCCUGCUUCCCUGGGGUGUCUAGUUAGGGGACGCGGAAAUCCUUCCCCUUCCCGGCUUCCCCGAUCACGGUACAGGGGGCCCGGCUUCCUCCUGAAGGUCCUGCCCCCAGCCUUCACCCAUCCCCUCACCCAUCCCUUAGCACCAGAGCCUUGAGGUCACCUUCCAUCUAAUAGGUCCUCUUUACAGAAAUACACCUCACAUCAGCUUUUAGUCUAGAAAACCUGGAGAGUCACCAGAAUACCUUGGUGACAGUCAUGUGGCAGAAUUGCCUAUUUUAGAAGCGGCUGUCUCGGGCUGGACCCCCACCUCGUGUGUGGACAUUUCCAGGGAAGGGCCAGGAAUUCUCUUUAGCAAUCAAGACUUAGUUAUUAGGGUGCAGAGUCCUUAUUUUACUGCCAGCCACAGACAUCAUUUGAAGUAUGCUUUUUUUUUUAAACUGUCAUCUGCUGACUCUUAGUAAUGCCUGAUUAGACCAAGCAACACCUCUGUGCGUCUGAUUAACCUCAGUGAAACCAGCAUGUGGAGAGGCGUCUGGGGGACUGCAGCCCUGCGGACCUUUUCUGUUGCUCUCAGCUAAAGAGGACUGGCGACCAUGAAGGGCCGUCUGUACUUCUCCAGCUGCGACCCUCGCUCCGAACACGAGGCGUGUUUCCUAGUCUGAAGGGAGGUGAAGGAGUUGAUUCUGGGAGAGAGAAUCCAGCCGGCUCCCCAAGGCCGACUGAGGGUCGGCCUCCGGAGGGUGUGUUUCACCCUGUGGCCGAAGCCGGACCCCCAAGCCUGGAGCGGGGGGACCUGCCCAGCAGGGAAGGCGCCUCCUGCUGGCCCUGGCCUGCCCGCUCCGGCCACAGAGAGGAGGGAGCCACGCUCACGUCCGGUGGCCUGGCUUUGGCCGCGCACUGCACCUCCUCUCUGCCUUCACCCCUAACCAGAGGCAGCUGGGGAAAAGUUGACCUUCGAGAAGCUUCUCCAUGGUCUUACUUAGAACCCGUCCUUGGGUUUAGUUACUAGGUCCCUGGAAUUGGAUUCUUUUGGUGAUUUUCCUUGUGGUCACCAGUUAAGCUUUUCUAAGCCUGAGUUUACAGGGCGUUUCUCAGUCCUGAGGGUCCGGCGCUCCACAGUGGCGCUUCUCGGGGACCCGGCCGGGGCUGGGCGGUCUGGGGGCCAGCUUCCUCGCCGCACCAGCGGUCAGCCCCUGGUCCGCUCGCUUUCCACCCAACAGAGUCUUUGCAGUCGUUGCCUCAGCACCGUUAGGCGGGAACCAGAGUGUCAGCGAGAACUGGCUUAGCAUCUAGGCUGGCUAAUGGCGAGGGUUCUCCGCGGAGCGUCUGAGUUCCUCUGACAGAUAAGGCCGCGUUGUGAGGAGCCGGGCCUCCGCGCCUUCCCGGUCCCAAAGCUCUCUGGCUGGCUGUCUCCCGGGCCAGCAGCCGGCCCCGGGCAGUCACCCCUGGAGGACCUCAGAGAUGAGCGGCUCACACUGUGGAAUAACCCCACGGCCUCAUGGGGGAGGCGCCAUGAGGGGCCUCUGCCCCGUCUCUGCUCUCCCCCAUGUCUCACUCUCAGAGGACUGAGGUCCAGAGCCGUUGCCAUUUUCCUCCGGGGCCCAGAGCACCCACAGCCCCAGGGGGCCGCCUCCGCCUGGGACUGCAAGCAGCCAGUGCCUGCAGGGAGGGCGUCCUCAGAGGGAGAGAGGCAGGAAAGACGUGGCGCUUCAGGGCGGUCUGUGGGCUUGACUGCGAUGGCCGGCAAUACCACAGAUCAAGUAGUUGUAUAUACGGGAGGUUUCUUGGGUCUCUUUGGCUCAUCCUCUGAGAUUUACGUGCACAUCUGUAGCGUUGCUGGCUCUUGGAGAAUGUUUAUCUUAAUAGUAUGUCAGACAUCAAACAAGUAUGCGUCCUGUCACCUGCCCGUGUCGUAAUUGUGGGUAUUUAUAGUUGUAUGUACCUAUAUGUAUCAAUGUGUAGAUUGUACAUCAGUAUACAGUGUAUGUACAUCAAAUUUAUUUUUGUCCUUAACCAGUGUGAUAUGAAAAGCAAGUAAAAACCUCAUAGGAUUGAAUAUCUAAUGCAGUUUUUUGAGAGUCUAUAUAGUGGUACUGUUUUAUUAAACUUAAAUUCAAAUGAUAUUUUGAUUAAUUUUUUUUAAUAAUAAGAUUUUAUGCUAGAAAAUUUCAUCUUUGAGCUUUGACUCACCAGAGCAAAAAGGACUCUGAACUAACUUUGUUAAACUAUUUCAGUGUACUGUGUACAAUACUGGGGUGGGGGGUAGCUCAUUAUAAUUUGAAAUAUACAGAAAGAAAGAAAAAAAAAAAACAAAAAAACCGCAGGCAACCUGUGCAGUCUUAGCAACUUCAGUAUUAAGAGCACUUAAAGUCAAACUGACAAUUUGGGGCUUAUUACAAAAUGUGAUGCUUUAGAGCACACGUUCUUUAUUGUUGUAAUUAGUCCAGAAAAAUAGAGCUUUCAGAAGAAUCAGCUAAGUGCCCGGCGUGUCCUUUACGUACCUGUGACUAUUUUACAGCAGCUCACACCACCCUCCCGCCCCUGCAUCCCCACCCUCUUCACCUUGAAGAACAUCACCAACUCCUGCAGUAAGCCAGGCUUCCUGAGACCCAGGACUGCCCUCCGGGUCUACGGCUGCACCAGCUAAGUGUCAAGUCACAGGUAAAAGAAUGUCAGGACAGACUGUGGACCAGGUUAAAACUUUAAUAUUUUUAUACUUAGGUCUCUUUUCCCGCCUCUCCCCAAAGAAGAGCCGCUGGCCUUAGUUGUCUGAGCUUACUGCUUAUCUUAACGGUAUAUAAAUAGAUCACUAGAGAGUAAAACUUCAUUAACCAGCAUGUUGGUGUAAUUUAAAGCAAAACUGAGUGUGUGUGAGUGAGUGGUUGAGUGCAGUGCGUUUGUCUACACACGCUUGCCUGUCGUCCCGCGGGUCCGAGUCAGAGCGUGGGGGCUGUGGGCUGAAAGGUCUGCCCUGGCCCCAGACUUCAGUGGUGGUGGUUACACUUGAGUCCUUUUCUUAGUUAACUCUGUAGUCUCAAACUAUUUUUGCAGUUGUACCCUAUUUCCUCAUCUGUCCUUGACGUGCGGGGCACUGGCCCUGCGUCCCUGCGGGGUCUGUUCCACUAGAGUGUGUUUACUCCUGAGAACCACAGUGAUUUGCAGAAGCAUCCCUUUGAUUCAGAAACCAUAUACAAAAAGGAGUAGCAAACUUUAAAAUUUUAAUGGGGGGGUCUUAGUCAUUUGAACUGUUGGGACUUUUAAUGUAAAGUCAAGUAACCCUUUGGCCUGGAUAAUAAUAUCUCCUGCGUGGAGAGUAAGUAUGCACAUUGACUGUAAUGCCCUUAGGAUACUUUUCUAAGUUGUAGGAACAAGAGUGAAAGGGGAAGGUGUGAGCCGCGGGCCUCUGCCGGGGGGAGACCCGCUGUGGCCUGUCCUCUGCCCCGAGGGCUCUGGUACACGGGGGCCUCCGGCAUGUGUACACACGCGUGCACAUGUGUACACAGUGAGUGUCCCGAGUCAUGUAAACUUGAGAUGAGAGUCCCGGAGCGGUGCUUCGGGUAUGGACCGAAGUGGCCGCAGCCUGCAGGCCCCCCAGGGCUGGCAGGACUUGGAGAGACGCUGUGCGGGGAGGGGCUGGCUGGCAGGUGGGGGCCCUCUGCUCCCCAGCGUCCUGGGUGGCGGGGCAGCUGCUCGGUAGCUGGUUCCUUUGUGAGGGGCUCACGGGGAGGAACACAGCCCUCUGCGGCCCCUGAGCUGGGCAGAGGGGCUGGAUGCGGGAGGAGCCUGGCUGUGACAGCUUUCUCUUUGCAGGCUAGAGGCUCAGCUUUCACCAACAGUGUUAUAAAAGAAAAAGCACUUUAGUGUCAAUUCCUCGAAAAUGCUGGUUACCAGGGAGAAUUCUGGAAUUGCCCUCCGGGAGCCCCUGGCACAAGCUCGGUUCAGGUCCCACUGGGGCCUGGCUCCUGCUCGGACCCCGUGGAGGCUGGCAGGUGACUCUCCGCAAAGAGGGGCUCCUGGGAGCCCAGGGCUGGUCCACGGGCACCUUCCCAGGCUGCAGGGACCCAGCUGUCCUCCCAGCCGACCCCGCCAAGGGUGCCCGAGUCCCCGCGGUGACACAUGACCGAAGCCAAGACCGUGUCCUUUGUCUUGGCGAGAAGCAAGGUGGCACUUUGGCCUGUAACCAGGGGAUGGAUGAUAUCUUUGCCUUUGCACCCGGGUUUCUGGAAGCGGAUAAGCUUUCAUUUCCGUGGAGGGGUCAAGGGAGGCAGCCCUCUGUGGCAGGUCCCGCUGGGACCCUGUGAGAGCUGCCGGGCAAAGGCCCCAGCACGGUCCUCCCGCGUUCUCUUCGCCCGGGGUUCUCGGAGGCUGUUUCCAGAGCGGAAUUGACAAAAGCGGAGAGCUGGCACCGCAGCCCUGCUUCCUGCAGGGCAGGCGGAAGGGCGGUGGUGUGCAGCCUUUACCACUUAAAACGAGCCUUGAACUUUGCCAGCCUAUGAAUUGGGUUAUGUUUACUGGGGCUCAGAUCCUGCCUUUGCCUUCAGGGUUUCCUCCCCAGUCCCUUCAGCUUCGUUGCGGUCCUGAUGCCAUAGGUCCCUGCACAUUGUGAAAAGUGGUGACCAAAUCGCAGCCUACUCCAUUUCAGCGGCCAGACUGUCACCCUGGCAGACUCGGGCGAGCUCGUGGUACCGACCCCUUUAGGAAACCUGUUCCUGGUCGCCCACCAGCCUCGAGACGCGCCGUCUCCCCGAGAAGCGCGGCGUUGGUGGUGGUCACCUUUUGAGGGGAACAGUCAUUUCUGUGGAUGUUGUUAAAGUGUUGGAAGAAUAUUUUGAAAAUUAAGUUUACAUUUUACAAUCGCUUUAUUUUUUAUUAAAAUAGUUGUAUAUAAAUAUUGCCCUAUUUCACUGUUGUUGAGGUAAAGCUAAACCAUGCAGACCAGUGAGUCACCUGAUGUGUAUAGAAGCUGUGAUGUAUAGAGUACAUUUCUCUCCUGUGUAAAUGUUCAUGAAUAUAACUGUUCCUGUGUUUUUAUAAGUUGGAGAUAAUUUGUUGUUUUACAACAACAGAAUUUAUUGCAUUUAAAUGGUUUUUAUGUAAUAGAAAUCAUGCAAAGUAGCGAAGGAUUUAAAAUAUGUAUAUGAUAUAUGUAAAUGUACAAACUUUAGAAAGAAAUAAAUCCAACUGAUUUCCGUCA